AUGUCACUGUUCACCAACUGUAUUGGGGACAAUCUGAGGUUUGUCAACAUGGACAGGAUUCUAUAUCUUCUUCAUAAUGAGGAUGCGGUUAAGGAUUUACCCCUGAGGGUUCGAGGUCCGCUAGAGCCAUUGCAAGCCAGAAUCAAUAUUCAAGCUAUGGGUCAAUUCUGUAGCAGGAAAUAUGGUUUCUCAAGUGUUCGCUUAUCUUACUCUAGGGUAGCACUCUACGGAAAGAUGAGUGUUCUGUGCUCUAGUAAGGAAUAUGAACUUCUUCUCUAUAUGAGAGUUCCACAUUGUUUGAUAUAUUUUUUUUUUCCUUUGCUUGUCCAUAAAGCUCCAGAGGUGGUCGAAAAACCUGGUGAUAAUUCCCUUUCGAGGCUUAAGAUGUUAUAUACUCAAGCCAAAGAGCUAUCGGAGAGUGAAGUAAACAUUUCCACUCAAUUGUUAGGGCAACUAGAUACGUUGAUGCCUUCUGGAACUCCGGGGCAACACCGAAGAAGGAUAGCAGAAGGUGAGCAGAAAAAGAAGCGAAUGAAGGCUGACUCUGACAUCACGAGACCUUCUCCUUCUUUGCGGAAUCUCCUAGAUUCUCUUGCUAAUUUGAAGGGUGAACAGGUAGCAGCAAGGGUUAGACAAGAGGAGGCUGAAAAAGAAGAAUGGGUCAUAGUUAAAGUGAUCCAUUUUGACAAGGAAACAAGAGUAUUCGAAGUUCUAGAUGAGGAACCUGGUGAUGAUGAAGAAAGUAGUGAGCAGAAACAGUACAAGUUACCCAUGUCACAUAUCAUACCUUUUCCUAAGCGGACUGAUCUCACAAAUGCUCAAGAAUUUCCUCCGGGAAAACAUGUUUUGGCAGUCUAUCCGGGAACCACUGCUCUGUAUAAGGCAACUGUAGUCCAAACCCGUAAGAAGAAGACUGAUGAUUAUGUUUUGGAAUUUGACGACGAUGAGGAGGAAGGAUGUUUGCCUCGACGGGAGGUACCAUACCAUAGGGUGGUUCCUCUUCCACAAGGACACCGCCAGUGAAUCUGUCUUAUCAAAAUUCUGCAUUUAUUCAAUGUUACGAUGUUCGAUACUUCAACUUGUUUUCAUCUAUUGUGGUUCACUUAUUACAGAUUUAUCAGUUUAUACGUCGUUUUAGAACUGGAUGCUAGAUAAAUAUUUUUGACACUAUAGGUAAAUUAGUUCAA